AUUUUUCUAUGUGACCCUUUAAAGUCUUUUGAAAUUCUUUUGAUUUGGCAUGUGAAUCCUUUGAUUUGUGUGUGUGUGUGUGAUUGUUUUAUGGUGUUUAAAUCCUGUUUUUGUUUGUGAUUGGGUUCUUCCGUCCUGGAUCUGGCAAAUAAGUAAUCGUUUUAUAGUCCACUCUCUAUUUUUUGUUUUUCCUAGCCCUUUGUAGUUGUUCCUUCCCUAUAAUUAUUCAGUUUGCUAUUUCUGUGUUUUAGUGAAUAUCUCCUUUUCUCAUGUGUUUAAAUUACUUUGGCUUGAUUUCUUUUCCUUUUUGGGUGUUUGUUUUUCUUUCCUGUGUCCCAUAUCUGUUUGGAUGUGGCAGGCCCCUGUAUUUUUUUUCCUUCCUUUGUUGGGGAAAAUAGAGUGGCUUCAGUUUCUUAAUGGCCCAUUGCUAAAGGUGGGGGCUGAAACUCUGCCUGAGUUUCUGCUUAUUUUCUUUUAGGGGAAUUUCCCUGCUCUUUUAAUAUUGAGUUUCUCAUAUCUUCCAACACUCCCUGGCAAGCGGCUUUGUUAACUUUGGAUAUUGAGCAGUUCCAUCAGCCAAAGAAAGGGGAAAUCGGGUCUCUGUGUUUCCCUUCCAAAGUUCUUGGAAGCGGCGCAGUUUACCUUAAACCGCCCCCCCUCCCCAAUUUCAUUUGGCUUAGAGAGAGGCGCCUUCCUUUCUCCUGGCAAAUCGGUGUUUUAGGAUUUGGUUUAAUCGCGCUCCUAAUGGGCGUAUUUGUUCCUAGUAAAAUGGCGUCGGUGAGCCCUCCCCAUCAUAGUAAUGCACGACCUUUAGAAGACUACCCAAAUUUCUGAAUUUAUGAACACGGGGUGUCUUUCCUUACCCACUUUGGACGGGGGCGCUCAUUGAGGGAACUGCUAAAGAAAUGCGAGGCGUUCGCACACGCCUGAGUUAGAUUCCCAAAGAAAUGCAAGGAAUCUUGACUGGCUCUCCCCAAACAACUCACAUUACCGGUCUUCUUUGUAAGAGAUUUCACAAGCAGAUUUUCAGCCAACAGGAGGAUUUUUUUUACUUAUUUAUUUUUGCUUAAUCCUUUUAGCUGACAACAAGGGGUGGUGGUGUGUUUGGGAGAGUGGACAAGUUUCGUUUUCCAUUUCCAUUUCAUCAUUUCUGGUGAGGUUUGGGAAAUGGCCUGCCUAUCAGCUGCCUGAAGAGCUCUCAAGGGGGGAGGAGAAUUAUCCUCCUCCUCCUCGAUUACAAAUCUCUGUGGACCUGUGGUAGCGCAUUGUGCAGAGAGCAGACACCUGAGCAGUUUGCAAAUCCGGUGCCUUUUUGCCAUUAUCUUGGCCAAGUCCUUCAAAGUGGGCAAGGGGUGGCCAGGUUAGGGAAGGCUGUUCUGCAACAUGGAGGCCAAAGCGCUAGAAGCCAAGCCAUACCUCUCUCUGUCUCGGCUCACAGUCUACGCAGUCCAGGAGGUGCGGCAGGCCCAGAGAUGCAAUGGGGCAGCAGGUCCAGCAGUGAUGCGAUGGUGUGGCAGGUCCAGAGGCAGGGCGGCAGGUCUGGCAGUGAGCGGGGCGGCAGAUCCAGAGGUCUGGCGGCAAAGCGGCAGGGCGGCAGGUCCAGCGGUGAUGCGAUGGGGCAGCAGCAGUGCGAUGGGACAGCAGGUCUGGCAGCGAGGUGGCAGGUCCAGCAGGGCGGCAGGCCCGGCGGCAAGGUGGCAGGCCCGACGGCAGGUCCGGCAGGAAUGCGAAGUGGGCAGCAGGUCUGGCGCUUUUGCCACUAUGAAAGAGGACAAUAAUUUCCCUAAACUUUUUCUGAUUGACGAAGAAGCUAAUGAGUUCAAACUGGUUUAUAGAUCUUCCUACCCGAAGAAAGUCUGGGGGCUCUUCUUACAACAAUCCACAAUGUUGGGGCGUAACAUAAAGAGUGGCAUCAAAAAUACUGUGUCCUGCGUCUUCCACAGGUACCCACUGACUCUGCCUUCCAUCAAAAGUGUCACCUUGGCAAGGUGUGGUGGUGGUGUCCUGGUUUUUUUGUUUUUAUUAUUUUUAUUAUUGAAGGAAAAUAGGCUAGUUGCAAGGUAUCCAUUUGGGUACCCCAAGACCGCCAUUGUCCCUAUUAAAGAAGCGGUCCCUAAAAGUCUCACUGUGACAAACCUGCUGGAAGCACAGAAAUCCGAGCCAUUUUGUGAGGCCAUGGAAAAUUGCUUCGACACAGCCAUCAAGGAAUUCACAUUGGAGCCACAGAUGGUAAAGGAGAAUGCCAAGAUGAUCCUUGAGUGUAACGGAACGAGGAAGGAGUUUGUGUCAGGGAAAGGAGAAAACUAUAUUGAGGUGUUCUGGGUGGACGGCCAAACACAUUACACGGUCAAAGAAGCCAAUUCACAAGUCUAUGUAGCAAGGCUGAGGCGCCAGUCUUUACCACUCAGCCUUGCCAGCAUCUUGAAUGUCGACCAACAGCUGGCCUCCCUUGAAGGAUCAGAGGAGCUGCGGCAGUGCCUAAAUGAGAUAAUAGAGGAAUUUCCCAAGGAACCGCAUACUGUGCAGGACAAUGCUGUGUUGGAGGUCUCAUGCGGAGGGAGUAAUGUGACGUUCCGCUCGGGAGAUGGAAAGAAUGAAAUCAACGUAUACAAAGAUACGCAGGGGAAGAUUGUAUUUAAUGUAAAAGGUAGAGGAUGGGCUUGGUGGGCCCGAUUAUUUGUAAAGCACUAAAUUAAGGAAUGAUAUCAAAGAAGACAGUGUGGGUGGAAGCUCUGUGGUUCUGCUGUAGAGGCAAAUGAUUUACAAGUAGUCCUUGACUUAUGACCACAAUUGAGGCCAAAAUUGCUGUCACUAAGCAAGACAGUUGUGAAAUGAGUUUUGCCCCACUUGAUGACCUUUAUGAGUUGUUAAGUGAAUUACUGCAGUUGUUACUGUGUUUCCCCGAAAAUAAGACCCUGUUCUUAUUUUCUUUCGACCUCCGAAAUAAGUACUAGGCCUUAUUUUCGGGGAUGUCUUAAUUUUUCCCCCCUACCCUUGUUUGUUGUGCUGAUGCAUGCACGAGUGGCAUCCCCAGUGUGACGAGCCUCAUGGCGUCCUGCCAUGAGUAGCUGCAUUGGCGCAAUGAACCUUGUAGAACGCCGCGGCAGUGCCACCAUUCAUGCGCAACAACACAAGUGGCUUCACCGGCGCGACGAGCCUUGCAAAGACCCAUUUCUGGUGGACUUUGAGGGAGAGAAACAAGCCAGGGUCUCUGAUGCAUCUGCUUUCCUUGCUCCACCACCACCCACCCGCGCUUGAUUUUUAAGUCUGCACCUCACCCCACCUCGUACAAUCAGAUGAUGGGUGGAGCUUAACUAGCCUUUAUUUUUGGGGUGGGGCUUAUUUUAGGCACAGGUGUGAAAAUCGGGCUAGGGCAUAUUUUUGGGGUAUGUCAUAUUUGGAGAAACAUGGUAAUAAUACAGUUAAGUAAAUCUGGCUUCCCCAUUGACAAAAGGUCACAAAAGGUGACACUGCAACCGUCAGAAAUGCACGCCAGUUGCCAAGCGUCCAGAUUUUUAUUGCAUGACCACAGGGAUGCUUCAAUGGUCGUGUGGAAAACAGUCCAUAAGUCACUUUUUUUCCCCACUUGCCAUUGUAACUGAACGGUCACUAAAUGAAUGUUUUUAAGUCAAAGACUACCUGUAUUAUAAACAGAAGCAUCUUCUCAUUUAUACUUUCCCACAUGCAGAAUUACUGGGAUGCUAUCAGUGUACUGGGCCUAUUGAUCGUUUGGCUGCUGAUAGAUUAUUACUUGUUUUAUAUAAUCAGAAUGCUUGAUCAGUUCACAAUUCCAGAAUUUCUUCACUCAGUAAACAGCUGUAGAUAAAUCAUAAACUCCACAUAACAAAAAAUAAUUAAUGGUCAGAAUCUUGCAGGGCAAUCACUAUCUCCAAGAAUCCAUCAAUGCUGUAUUUUCUAUAUUGUAUUCUUCUCUUUUUAAUGAUUGCUUAAAUAAAAGUUUUAAAUUGUUAA